UUUACUUUCUUCAACUCUCUUCUUAUAAUACCUUUAAUGAAUCUGCAGGACAACGGCCUUGGAAAUUCCUCGGUAAAACCACGGAGCAAACGAUCUUACCAUCACAGUCAUUCAAAGAAGUUAUCGAUAAAAGACCUUGCUCUUGAGCUGGCAAAAAAACAUGUAAGUACACUAGAACCUCGAUAAAUGGAACUCGGAUAAGUCGACCUCCCCGCUAACUCGAAUCAAGUCCUAUUUCCCUUGGAUUUCACCCCACUUUUGAGCAUUUUUACUCGGUGAACUCGAACUCGGAUAACUCCAAUUCCUUGCUAGCUAGAACAAAAUUUCCUCUCCCUUUUGAUAAAAAAUUCACUGAAAUUUAUCCCAAUAACUCGAAUUCUGGUUCUUGUAACUUAACUCGGAUACAUGCCAUCUCGUAAGCUCUUGAAACACUAAAACUAACACUAGUCAACACUUUAGCAAUUUGAUUUUGCAAAUGAUUGGCGGCAACGAACACAUCAGUCUCGGUUUACCAUAAAAAAAUGGAUAAUCAUAUCUCUGUCUCUGAUGAAAUAGUAAAAUUUGCAUUGCACUACACACUAAUGUGCUGACUGUCUCAAUUCAACUUUGUUUAAUUAACUGUUUUUUUGUCGCCAUCUCAUCUGCAUCUUCCUUCUCUCUACUUUCCAGUCCAAUUUAUCACUUGCCGGAGUUUACUCUGACUUUUUUAUAGGGCUCAUCAGGAAGCGCGGUAAUAAGAUUUCACGUCGAUUUUUUAUGUUACAGCCAUCAAAGCCACGUAGGCAGUUUCACUUUUUAAAAUCUGCUUUUUACUAAGCAUGAGGUUUUUGAUAUUGUGGGCUUUUGGCUGCUAUUGUUAAUUCUAAAUGAAACAAAGUAGUUGUCUUCCAUCCUUCCUUUUCACAUUUUCAGUUGCUGAAGAUGAUCAUUAAUGAGCAGCAUGACCUGGACAAAGCCAAGGAGAGUGUUUAUAUUCUUCAGAGAGGUUUGUUACUUCCACACCAUUUCCUUUUUUCGCGGGCGCACAAACACGUUUUAGACAUCACUUCUAUAGCACGCUAUCGCUUGUUCAUUAUUAAACACGCAAAACAAAGUCAAUGAGAUAAGAUAUCAUUGUCUUUUUUCGAAUGAAAGCUUCCUUGACUUUUCGAACUUGUUUACAGGCACCCCAAUAAAAAAAAAUAAGAAGUUCAGUUUAGACCACUAGGCGAUUUCAAAACGUUGCCAAGGAACUGGCAUUGAGACAAACGAGACAAAAAGAGAGCUAGUGCAUGGUCCGGAGUUUGACGCUCGUAACUUGGCCACUUCACCUCCAAUGGAACACUUACAGAAUUUGACGGACGUUUUAAUUGGGCAUAUAAGAGAAUAUCUUACAAUCAGAUUCACUUUCUCUACUUUCUUGCAGAUAGCUGCACUCACAUCAAGUCUAUUGGUAAACCUGUGACUCACAACACUAGGUACUAUACUCAAGGAGCGUGGAUGAAAGACCCGCUAGGUAUCAUGGGUGCCGAGACCAUAUUCGUUAUGGAGUAUUACUCCGGGAGAAACGAGCUUGAAGAGUUUGCAAACAUGGACACGUUCAAAGCAGGCAUCCCUCGUAAGAAGUACAAACUGCCUUAUACGUGGGACGGAACAGGAGGGGUGGUGUAUGGACCAAACCUUUACUACAACAGGUAACAUAGUACUCAUCAACUUGUUCUUAUUUGUAUUAAUCCAACCAGAUUUUGUCAAGAUGUAAAUUUGCGCCGGUUGAAUAUGGCCAGCUGGAGAACCAAGGUUUCAUAUAUUAUUAUUUUUUGAUAGAAAUAAUCGCUAAGAGAUCGAAAAUCGGCAAAAGUUCAAAUACUGUCGCUUUAAGCCCGAAGCAGUUUUUCUUUCCCUAGGUCUCGUUUUAUCACAGUUUUCGGUAAUAAUAUAGACUCUUCACAUGACGUCACGUCCGCCAUAUUGGUAUCCCAAAACAAUCAGACCGUGGCCAUGUUGAUGUCCCAAACCAAUCCAGUGGGAGUUGAACUCUCUUGAAAUUUAACGAUUUCAUUUGUUCCAAUAGAUUUGCAUAGCUGCUAGCCACGUCAGUAGAAUACUACACAUGUAUACGAGUUCACUUUUGCACUGAUUUAAUAUCAGUAUACAUAGAGGUCUUCAUCAAAGCUAAGGGGAAAUACAUUUUCUUCAGUCGGCUAUAUAGUUGACAACAGCUUGCCACGUACUUUCCAAGCACCCUCGCUAAUACUAACAAAUGCUGACUUUAUUGUGUUGUUAUUAUGGCAGAGCGGGUACGAACAAUAUCGUCGUAUACAAUCUGCAAACGGAACGUGAAGUAAAACAGAUAGGUUUGGGGGGAUCACCGAGGAAGAAUAAUUACCAGUGGGGUGGAUACAGUGGAGUUGACCUAGCAGUUGACGAACAAGGAUUAUGGGUAUUAUGGGGCUACAAUGGGAACAGCUACCGAUUGAUCGCAUAUAAAAUGGAUGUGUACAAAGGUCAAACAGUCCUCUCGUGGAGCUUAGGAACAGGUACUACCCCCUAAGAGUAGCGCUCUUAGUAAAAGCAUCAUGAAAAAUUCAGUAACGGAAAAGAAGCUCAGUAGCUUUGUUAGAUGCAUUGAAAAUUUUCCAAACCUUUUCCUGUAACCUGCCAGUUGGUGCCAAUACCAUCCAUUUUAAAGCGGAAUGUUAUUCUAUUUCGCAAGUCAGUAUCAUCCGAGUGAAUGUACGCUACCAGUGGGCAUACAGUUUUAUUAUGUUCACUCUUCAUUUUCUUUUUUUUAAUUUUUAUUUCAGAGAGGAUGAGUUCAAUGGGAAAUGCGUUCAUGGCCUGUGGCGUGGUUUAUUGUAUCGACCACUAUAGCUCAAGGUCCACAACCAUCAACUUUGCUUACGACACCAAGACUGGAAAACAAUGGAACCCCAACAUCCAGUUCACCAAUCAGUUCGGCUAUAACUCCAUGGUGGACUACAACCCCAGAGAAAGAGUGCUGUACGCCUGGGAUAACAAGCGUUUGGUCACUUAUCCCAUCACUUUUGAGGAACAUUAA